AUGACCCUCUCCUCCGCCGAUGACACUGCCGCCGUCUCCGAAGACGACCGGCGCCCAUGGGAGCCGCCCUUCGACGCGUCCAAGCCGGCGCCGCCCAUCUCCUACCCCAUCACCGACCUCGCCGCGCUCGCCUCCCGCUCCUACCUCUCCGAGGCCUCCAACUUCCACCUCCCCUUCAACCGCGCCUCCACGCCGCUCCCCUGCCCCGGGGCGCCGCUCCCGGCGCGCCGGCGCCUCCUCGUGUGCCACGACAUGCAGGGCGGGUACCGCGACGACGCGGCGCCGCAGGGCGGCGCCAACCCCGACGCAUACGCGCUCUGGCAUUGGCAUCUCAUGGACGUCUUCGUCUACUUCUCACACUACCUCGUCACCCUCCCGCCGCCCUGCUGGACCAACGCCGCGCACCUACACGGCGUCAAGGUUUUAGGAACGUUCAUCACAGAGUGGGUUGAAGGCGCAGAAAUCUGUAGGGAGAUGCUUGCAACCAAGGAUUCUGCCCACCUGUAUGCAGAGAGGCUCGCGGAGCUGGCUGCUGCCUUAGGCUUCGAUGGCUGGCUGAUCAAUAUUGAGGUUGAACUCGACAUUCAGUUCAUCGAUAACCUCAAAGAGUUCGUCAAUCAUCUAACCAAGACAAUGCAUGCUGCUGUGCCAGGAUCUUUAGUCAUAUGGUAUGAUGCAGUUACUGUGAAUGGAAAGCUCGGCUGGCAGGAUAAGCUCAAUAAAUACAACAAGCCAUUCUUUGAUUUGUGUGACGGCUUAUUUGUCAACUAUACUUGGAAGGAAAAAUAUCCACAAGAUUCAGCUGCAGCUGCUGGAGACCGCAAGUACGAUGUGUACAUGGGUAUUGAUGUUUUUGGCCGAAAUACUUAUGGUGGUGGGCAGUGGGAUACAAAUGUUGCCCUUGAUCUACUGAAGAAAGAUGAUAUCUCUACCGCCAUAUUUGCUCCUGGAUGGAUAUAUGAAACUAACCAACCACCUGACUUUCAGAGUGCACAAAAUCGUUGGUGGGGCCUUGUUGAAAAUUCAUGGGGUGUUCUUCAGAGCUAUCCCAAAGAAUUACCUUUCUACUCAGAUUUUAAUCAGGGUCAUGGUUGUCAGGUAUGUUAUGAAGGUCUACAAGUCUCUAGUGAUCCAUGGAACAAUAUUUCUUGCCAAAGCUUUCAGCCUAUGCUUAAAUACACUGGAGAUGAAGUUCAGACACCGGUGCAAACUUCUAUCAAUUUCAAGGACGAGCAGUUCAGUGGUGGGGGCUCUGUGACAGUGAACGGAAGUCUCGAGCAGAAUGUUAUUUUCUCAGAGCAGCUUUUUAACGGUGGACUAUACAUGGAAGAUGGAUCUGUACUUCUGUUUUAUUCGGUCAAUGCUGAUGCAAACUGUGUCGUAGGCUUGUCUCUGGACUUGUCAUCUAGAAACAAGGAGAAUACUUCCAUUCUCAUUGCAGACGACAUAGCAACAUUCGAUAGGAAGAAACAAAAUCGCACGUAUAGCUCGUAUGUUCAAUCUGAUAAGGUAGCGCCACACGCUUCAGAUAACCAAAACUGGGUCCUCUACCAAGCAACUGUCCAGUCCAGUGCCAGCUACACAUUAACUGGAAUCAACAUUGUCUGCACGCUGAAAACUACUGGCGAAGUCAAUACAGAAUCAGAGGAAGAUGGAAGCUCGGAAGCAAAUGGAAGCAGAACAUUACCUUACCAUGCAUUGCUAGGCCACGUAAGUAUUCGGAACAGCAAUGAUGACAAGCUGUUCCCACCAGCAAAAUCAUGGAUGACCGAAGGUGGGUACAUAUCAUGGUCGAAAAAUUCCAACACAUCUAAGCUUCUGAGUUUGAAAGUUAGCUGGAAGCUGAAUACCAGCCGUCAGGCAUCAUUCAUGAAGUAUAAUGUAUAUGUGGAGAAGUUAACUGCGGAUUCAAAUGCUAAGGCUUCCAGAAGUUUUCUUGGAGUUGCAAGUGUUGAAGCCUUCUAUGUAUCAAAUCUCCAGGUUCCCGACGAAGUUACUUCUCUGAAAUUUAUCAUUCAAGCAUGUGGGCAUGAUGGCAGUUGCCAAGAACUAGAGGAAUGUCCAAAGUUAUUUUUGGUACCAGUUGAUCACUCUGUGUAACAUUAAUAUGGUGAAUAUGUAGCAUACCAUCUCCUUUCACAACAUAAAGAAUAAUUCAAAUUAGAACAGAUCAAUCAAGCUUGCUGAUGAGAACCUGCUGUGAUCUAUUUAUUUAAAAGUUUUUCUUGUUA